AUGGCGACGGGCGUGAAGCCUCAAGCGGAGGACGUUCUGCUCACCGUUUCCGUCCAACACCCUAGCCCCGAGUUCCAGUUCCCAGAGCGACGGGUUAUACUCGAACAGAAGCAUCCAAGCGUUGUGAACAUCGGUCGCACGAGCAAAAGAUUCAGCAAUCUGGAGGCCAAGGCGGAUAACUGUUUUUUCGACAGCCCGGUGAUGUCUCGGGAGCACGCCAAGAUCACGAUUGAUUGGUACCACAAGAGACUAUUCAUUAAAGACAUCGGCUCGCUGCACGGAACCUAUCAUAACUCUCUGAAGCUGCCUCCGCAUAGCGCGAAAGAGAUGAAAACGGGCGAUAUUCUCAAGUUUGGUAUCGAUAUUCAACGAUCCAACGACCUCUUUCCGCCGUGUACCAUUCAGGUGGACUGGGAGUUCGACCACCUCGCCAAAGAAAAGGUUGCAGGACUCAGCGGUCGCCCAACCUUUUCCGUCCCCGAUGAUUCCGACUCAGAGAGCAGCGACGAAGACAUGUCUACCACGGACGAUAUCCGCGCCACUGUCGAGAAGAUUCGGAAGAUUGAGAUGCCUAAAUCGACCAUGGGCUUGGGUGGUUCCUUCCCCAGCCUCCUACCACAGGUCUCAAUUGACCUGACAGUCGACGAAGAUAUCCAGAAGGAUACAGAUAAGCCCCCCGAACGCGCUCCUAACGCUACGCAAGAACCCGAGGUAACGAUCGAGCUGGAUGCUCCGCAUGAUGAAGAAGAUAAAGAAGACGAGGACGUGCCAUCCUGUCGUGGGAACUCGAAGCUCCCUCUCUUGUUUGCUUCGGAAUCAGAAUCAGAAGACUCCUACGAUAAUGACGAGUCUGAAAGCUAUCCUGAUGAUGAACCUUCAAGUCAGGAAAUGCUAGACCCUUACGACGAUGAAAUUUGCUUGAGCGACUCGGAAGAGUCUGAUCGAAGUGAUGAUGUGGAGGCCGAAAACUCCUUUGAGAGCGAGAGCGAGGAUGAGAACCUGGUUGAAGCUCCAAGCUAUGACGAGGCAGCCACUUGGGAAGUCCAGGACCCUUCUCUUACCUUCACGCAAUCGCAACAAAUGCUCAGCAUUCCUCACACAAACUACUUCCCUCAGCCCGAUACUGGUCGCCAGUUUUUUCCCGCCCCCAUGCCGUCACUCCCUUCUAUCAUACCUUACGAAGGUUUGCAAGAACAAGGACGACAGAACGACCUCAGACUGCCGGCGAUAUUGAAUCCUUCAGAUGAUCAAGUUGAGAAUCCGUUCUUAGCUAGCAUGAACCCCGAGCAAAUGCACGCAUCUGCACCGACAUAUCACCUUCUUCAAAGCGAAGGAGUAGCACCACUUCGUGCUUCAUGGGAACGGGUCUCAGAGACUCCCAAGGGUGUUACUGUCACGGAGUCUCUAGCGCUCGCCCAGGACGAUGUAUCAGCUGAAGCCCUCGGCCAAGCCAGCGGAAAGCCCGAGUUCUUUGCGGCCAGGGAGGCCAAUAAACAAAUCUUGCGCCGCCAAGAGCAAAACAGUACGACCCCGGUCCAACCUCGCAGCCAGGUUCCCGAGCCGCCUGCGACUUCCACCGAGCCAUCUACUUCAAAGCUCGGGCACCACACUACCUCCGAUGCAGCUCCCGCGCCGGAGCCGGAGCCGGUCAAUGAAACGCCCAAGUCGGCCAAAGUAGCUGAGUCGGCCUGGUCUAGUUCUGGAGAGAGAUUCCUCAAUAGUCCUCAAGACUUCCCUAUUACACACACAACGGAAACUCCUGAGCUUGAUAUGACCAGUGCGUAUCAGUUUCAGCAGAGCAAAUUGGGUUCAUUGAAUGCCCCUACCGGGCAGAGGACCACUCUAAAGCGUAAGGCAAGUGAGAUCGCAACGCUCACGCCUCAUGAGGAGACGUUCGAGGCGGCCGUGAAAAGCGAUGCAACCGGGGCGCGAACAACGGCCGUAGAGCCUACGAUUGUUUCUGUGGUCACUGAGCCGACACCAGAAGCACCUCCUGCCCCCAAGCGUCUGCGAAGCUUCUUGAGCAAGGCUGGGUACUUCGUCGGUGGCGGCGUGUUGACUGCGGCAGGUGUCGUAACAGCACUUGCUGCAACCGCCCCUGCUCUUUGA